AGGAUGAAACUCAAGUCUCUCGAGCAACCCAGGGUGAACAAGAUAACUAUGAGAUGCAUGUCAGAGCUGCAAACAUUGUCCGAGCUGGUGAGUCCCUGAUGAAACUUGUGUCUGACCUGAAGCAGUUCUUGAUCCUCAAUGACUUCCCCUCUGUAAAUGAAGCCAUCAACCAGCGCAACCAGCAGCUGAGAAGCUUGCAGGAGGAAUGUGACAAGAAGUUGAUUGCACUACGGGAUGAGAUCUCCAUUGACCUGUACGAGCUAGAAGAAGAAUAUUACUCUUCCAGCUACAGUCUGUGUGACAGCAAUGAUCUUCCACUGUGCGAAGCCUACUGGAGACAAGACUUUGCCACGCUGUCCCCUGAAAGCCUCUCCAUGCCUCUGACAGCUGCCACAGCAGAGCAGAGCAUUGCUACCUCGCAGAGCUCAACCCCAUCGCACCCUCAUGUGAACGGGCACGGGGCAGGCCCCACGGAGCACUCCUGAAGAGGAUCCUCUGCUGCCGAACAUGUUCCUCCUGGUGGCACUGUGCUGCUGGAAGUCUUCCACCUGCUGUACUGAACAAGCGUCUCCCACUGUCAGGAGAAGGCACUGGAGCUGUAUUUGCAGGUUUCUGCUCACUGGGUGGCCACGGUGCUUUCUCCACCCCUGAGACAUUGCCAUGAGUGUUUCUCUCCCUUAAGAGAUAGUGAUAAGUAAAUACAAAGUUGAUUGUUCUAGCUAAUUAGAGUUAGGUUUGCUUUUACAUGAUAGUUACAUGUAGAGUCUAUUAGAAAUCUAGUCUGUUCCCAUGUGAAUCUCACCAAGUACAUGCUGGAGUGUUGGGAGUUGACUUUUUUUGGGAUAAACUUGAGCCAAAUGUGGGGGCAAUGAGUGUUUGGGGGAGUUUACCUCCUUCCCAAGGUUACUGACGUUCUGCCUGCUUUAAAGCAAUCUCAGGAUGGCAUCUGACAACCUCCACUCUACUAACUAGAGUAAGAAUC